ACAAUGAAUGUUUGAGUAGCCCAUGUCAUAUCAAUGCUAACUGCACUGACAAUGAAAGUUCUUUUGAUUGUCAAUGCAAUGUUGGGUUUUCUGGAAAUGGAUUUAAUUGUUCUAGUAAGUAUAAGUCUUUCAUUCAUUGUCUAUAAAAUAUCUUACCUUUCUUCGAAUCACUUGUUUGUUAUUUACAGUAUAUGAUCUUUUUAGACAUCAAUGAAUGCUUGACUAGCCUAUGUCAUCCCAAUGCCAGCUGUGCUGAUACUGAAGGUUCCUUUGUUUGUCAAUGUAAUAGUGGAUAUUCUGGAAAUGGAUUGAAUUGUUCUAGUAAGUAAAUCUUUCAUUCAUGUGUAAAAUUUUGUAACUUUCUGCUAAUUAUUAAUACAUUUCUUUUUCUAGACAUCAAUGAAUGUUUGACCAACCCAUGCCAUCACAAAGCCAAUUGUACUGACACUGAAGGUUCUUACGACUGUAAAUGUAACUGUGGGUUUUCUGGGAAUGGAGUGAAUUGCGCAAGUGAGUACAUAUGUAUGGUUUAAAGGAGUACAUUAAGCCAAAACUGAUUUUACUUCACAUUGUUUAUAAGAUUCUGUUGAUUGAGAUCAAUGUACCAGUGAAUUAUUAUCAUGAUUGGUAUAUUGUUCUUGUUUUCUAGACAUUGAUGAAUGUCUGAGCAAACCUUGCCAUGUCAAUGCCAGCUGUACUGACAAUGGAGGUUCUUAUGACUGUCAAUGUAAUCCUGGGUUUUCUGGCGAUGGAAUUUCAAACUGUGCAAGUAAGUGAUCAAACAACUGCAUGCAAUCUGUUUUUUUAGUUUUCUUCCUUUUACAACUUUUUUCAUUUUCCUCUUUCAGAUAUUAAUGAGUGUUUAAAUGUUUCAUGUCAUGUGAAUGCAGACUGUUUGGAUACUCCUGGUUCAUACAUUUGUCGUUGUAAAACUGGAUUCAAGGGGAAUGGAACUUUCUGUGAAAGUAAGCAACUACAUACAUGUGAAAAUAGGACAACCUUUCUAUUAGUUUUAUACUCCCUUUAUUCUUCCUAUAUUGUUGACGUUUACUGCAUGUCAUUUUCUAGAAUUUCUUUGCCAUUAAUGUUUGACAAACCCGUGUCAUGUCACUUUUUUCUUUAUCUCAUAGGCGAUCUAUCUGAGCAAGGCGUGAUGGACCUAACUAUGGUUAUUGGAAUCCCUGCAAUCACGCUGAUAUUACUUCUAGUCAUCGCAGGAUUGGUAUAUUUGUAUUGUCACAGAAUUAAAAAAAGAUGUUGCGGCCCUCGUUUAAUUCCCACGCAACAUGGAGAGCACGAUGUAAUACUGGAAAUGGAAGCCACAAGAAGUCUAAACGAGAACCAACCAUUGUCACAACAACCAACAGCGACAGCAACAGAUGACCUACAAUACAAUGGUGCAGGGACCACACCUGCUUUGAACAAAGAUAAUGAUGGAUCAUUAUCUUCUUUGUUAUGA